AUUCGGAGAAACAGCUGCAAUGCGUGCAGCAUGGAGAACCAUUCAGCGGAUUUUGUCUGGACAAGGGAGACCUGCUCUGUCAAAAGUGUCAAACGAACGGACAGGAUCCACCCCAGAGGUGCUCCAUUGAAGAGGCUGCUCUUGUUUGUAAGGUCAGAUGGAUAAAAACAACAAAUCCAGACUGUACCUUUUAUUAAGAAUUUAUGAAUGUGAUUGUGGUAUGAUCACAUUUUGUUUGGAAAUAUCUUAACCAACUCUAUCGAUUGGUUGGUUGAAUAUAUGUCAUGAUUUAACAUGACAACCAAUGCACAUAUUUUGCCUGAUAACACUUUAUUAACCUUCCUCUUGUGUUAGCUUUCUAGUAUCUCUAGUAUCUCUUAUGUUAACGGGUCGGUUUUGACCCAUAUUAUGUAUUAAAUCAGCUAUAAAAUACACUAAAAACAAUAAGUUACCAUCAAAUUUGCUUCUCAUGUCUUGGUUACCUUCUUAGGCUUCCUCAUCCAUGAAAAUGUUGCUUUUAAUACUUUUGGUGUGGCCAUGCAGGCCUUUUUUUGUCACUAUACCCCUCCAUUUCUAUUUCCAAAAAUGAACCUCAAAAGAAUCAUAUUCAUAAAUUGAAGGUUCGUUUGUUACCUGGCUAUUACUGAGGGAUAUAGAACAUAUCUCUUAAAUCAAUGAGUUGUAUUUAUUUUCUCAUUUUAGUAUGAAUCACUAAAGAAACAUGUAUGGUGUUGGGGUGAAUUUUGACCCAUAUAUAUUCAUGUCAAGAAAAGGUAGAAAAAGUGAUUGUUUUCAGCAACAGAACUUUAGUAUAAAGUGAAAUGAAAAAGCAGAACAGGUCCAGAUCUUGGUUCACUGUACUUCUUGCCAUUCUUUCCAUGAUCCAAAUUGUAAAUGUGAAAUCAGCCAAUCAAAUGUGUGAAUUCCCCUCACAUGUGUGGACCUUGUUUUUCUGCUGGUAUACUGGAAAAGCGGUCAAAAUGAGAAUCCCCUGAAGCUUCCAUGAUGAGAAGAGGAGCUGGUUGUCAUUGUGUUGGCUAAUUGGACGCUUGUGACUUCAGUUGGGGUUCAAAAUAUUGCUUUAUAGUCAUAUUAUUAUUAUAACCGGGUCCAAACCCACCCUAACAAUACAGUGGUCAUAAUUUCAACCAGACCAUUUUAAAAUGUAGUAAAAAUUAUUUUUUGGGUUUUAUUUUGUUGAAAUAGAGUUUCCUGACAAAGUCAAAAAGCCUUGAUGCAAUAAAUAAAUAUAUGUUAUGGGAUUCUUUUGAUGCAUUAAAAUGUAAAACGGGUCGGUGCCGACCCGAACACAAGAGGAGGGUUAAUGUGUCGUGAACCCUGCUGCAACCACCCUUCAUCCAUCCAUUUCCUUCGCCACUUAUCCCGUGGCUGUGGAACCUGCCCAAUUAAAGCUAGUCCACGACUGGUGGCCAGGCGAUCACAGCGCAGAGAUAGACCGUCCAUACUGACCUUCCCGCUGGGGUACAAGAGGAAGAUGAGAUCUACCAUCAGAGCCAUCCAGGAGCAACUGGAGAAUAUAACCGCCAUAAAACAAAACUGGGAGGACAUUGCAACUCACAUCAUGAGCCAGUCAAUAACAACCACCCAAAUCUUGAGGGAGGAAUUUGAGAAGAUGCACCAGCACUUGCGUGAUGAGGAGGCCGCUCUGAUGUCAGAGUUGAAACAGGAAGAAGAAGAGAAGAUUCAGAAGGUGGAGAACAAGAUAAACAAGACGAGUAAUGACAUACGGAUCCUGACUGCCAGUAUUGGAGAACUCGAAGAAUUCAUGGAAUCAGAGAACAUCUUCUUUCUAAAGAAUUACAGAAGUACCUCCACAAGGACUCCGUACAACGUGGAGGAGUACAAAGAAGAAUUUGGAGCCCUGAUUGAUGUCCCAAAGUACCAGAGCUGCAUGCAACACCAUGUCUGGGAAAAGAUGCUGCGAAUCAUCCACUACUUUCCAGUGACCUUGGACCCCAACACGGGUUCGUCGUGUCUAGUUGUGUCUCCUGACCUGUCCAGCCUGAUGGUGUGUGACGAGCAGCCUCUGCCGGACAACCCAGAGAGAUUUGUGAACCCACAGGGCAUCUUGGGGUCAGCUGGAUUCAGUUCUGGGAGCCACCACUGGGAGGUGGAAGUCGGCGAGAACAGUCAGUGGUCUUUAGGGGUGGCCAGCGAGAGCGUCCGUAGAAAAGAUUGGUUGAACUUGGAUGAAAAUCCUGUUGAAUUUAGCGGUGGUCUAUGGACUGUGUCCCUCUCUUCCGGGGUGUAUCGUGCUUCUCCCGGGCACAUUUCACCUCUCACACUCAGGAAAAGACCAUCCAGGAUCAGGAUUCAGCUGGACUGGGAGAGGGGGUGUCUGACUUUCUCAGACGCCAAUGGCAACACUCUUAUCCAUAGAUUUAAAAAGCAAUGGAGCGGCACGCUCAGACCAUACUUUUCCACCACUUGUUCCAAACACCCGCUGAAAAUCACCGAAGCACGGGUGAAUGUCGGAACAGAAUAGCAUCAGAACAGAAUAAUAACACAAUAACACCGUACUGCAUGGCGAGGAAGGGAAGCGUUACCGAGGUUUGACCCAAGAACCCAAGAACCCAAGAACCCAAGAACCCAAGAACCCAAGAACCCAAGAACCCAAGAACCCAAGAACCCAAGAACCCCAGUGAAUGGCACAUCACACCUUGUCCAAGUAUCUCCCGGUACUGGAAUGUUGAGUGAACUGACUUGAGGCGGUACCCUCUGCUAGAGUCAUAGCUGCUUUUCCACUUUUCUGACCUUUUACUGUAGUACCAAUGUAGUAUUCUGGUGUUAAACCAUUCUAUAACUAUAGUAUGAAUGUAGUAUUCUGGUGUUAAACCAUUCUGACCUAUAACUGUAGUUAGAAUGUAGUAUUCUGGUGUUAAACCAUUCUAUAACUGUAGUAUGAAUGUAGUAGUACCAAUGUAGUAUUCUGGUGUUCAACCAUUCUAUAACUGUAGUAUGAAUGUAGUAUUCUGGUGUUAGACCAUUCUAUAACUGUAGUAUGAAUGUAGUAGUACCAUUGUAGUAUUCUGGUGUUCAACCAUUCUAUAACUGUAGUACCAAUGUAGUAUUCUGGUGUUAAACCAUUCUGACCUAUAACUGUAGUAUGAAUGUAGUAUUCAGGUGUUAAACCAUUCUAUAACUGUAGUAUGAAUGUAGUAGUACCAAUGUAGUAUUCUGGUGUUCAACCAUUCUAUAACUGUAGUACCAAUGUAGUAUUCUGGUGUUAAACCAUUCUGACCUAUAACUGUAGUAUGAAUGUUGUAUUCUGGUGUUAAACCAUUCUAUAACUGUAGUAUGAAUGUAGUAGUACCAAUGUAGUAUUCUGGUGUUCAACCAUUCUAUAACUGUAGUAUGAAUGUAGUAGUACGAUUGUAGUAUUCUGGUGUUCAACCAUUCUAUAACUGUAGUACCAAUGUAGUAUUCUGGUGUUAAACCAUUCUGACCUAUAACUGUAGUAUGAAUGUAGUAUUCAGGUGUUAACCCAUUCUAUAACUGUAGUAUGAAUGUAGUAGUACCAAUGUAGUAUUCUGGUGUUCAACCAUUCUAUAACUGUAGUACCAAUGUAGUAUUCUGGUGUUAAACCAUUCUGACCUAUAACUAGUUAGAAUGUAGUAUUCUGGUGUUCAACCAUUCUAUAACUGUAGUAUGAAUGUAGUAGUACCAAUGUAGUAUUCUGGUGUUAAACCAUUCUAUAACUGUAGUAUGAAUGUAGUAUUCUGGUGUUAAACCAUUCUGAAGUAUAACUGUAGUACCAAUGUAGUAUUCUGGUGUUAAACCAUUCUAUAACUGCAGUAUGAAUGUAGUAGUACCAAUGUAGUAUUCUGGUGUUCAACCAUUCUAUAACUGUAGUAUGAAUGUUGUAUUCUGGUGUUAAACCAUUCUAUAACUGUAGUAUGAAUGUAGUAGUACCAAUGUAGUAUUCUAGUGUUAAACCAUUCUAUAACUGUAGUAUGAAUGUAGUAGUACCAAUGUAGUAUUCUGGUGUUCAACCAUUCUAUAACUGUAGUACCAAUGUAGUAUUCUGGUGUUCAACCAUUCUAUAACUGUAGUAUGAAUGUAGUAUUCUGGUGUUAAACCAUUCUAUAACUGUAGUAUGAAUGUAGUAGUACCAAUGUAGUAUUCUGGUGUUCAACCAUUCUAUAACUGUAGUAUGAAUGUAGUAGUACGAUUGUAGUAUUCUGGUGUUCAACCAUUCUAUAACUGUAGUACCAAUGUAGUAUUCUGGUGUUAAACCAUUCUGACCUAUAACUGUAGUAUGAAUGUAGUAUUCAGGUGUUAACCCAUUCUAUAACUGUAGUAUGAAUGUAGUAGUACCAAUGUAGUAUUCUGGUGUUCAACCAUUCUAUAACUGUAGUACCAAUGUAGUAUUCUGGUGUUAAACCAUUCUGACCUAUAACUGUAGUUAGAGUGUAGUAUUCUGGUGUUCAACCAUUCUAUAACUGUAGUAUCAAUGUAGUAGUACCAAUGUAGUCUUCUGGUGUUAAACCAUUCUAUAACUGUAGUAUGAAUGUAGUAUUCUGGUAUUAAACCAUUCUAUAACUGUAGUAUGAAUGUAGUAGUUCCAAUGUAGUAUUCUGGUGUUCAACCAUUCUAUAACUGUAGUUAGAAUGUAGUAUUCUGGUGUUAAACCAUUCUGACCUAUAACUGUAGUACCAAUGUAGUAUUCUGGUGUUAAACCAUUCUGACCUAUAACUGUAGUACCAAUGUAGUAUUCUGGUGUUAAACCAUUCUAGAACUGUAGUAUGAAUGUAGUAUUCUGGUGUUAAACCAUUCUGACCUAUAACUGUAGUUAGAAUGUAGUAUUCUGGUGUUGUAUAACUGUAGUUAGAAUGUAGUAUUCUGGUGUUAAACCAUUCUAUAACUGUAGUACCAAUGUAGUAUUCUGGUGUUGUAUAACUGUAGUUAGAAUGUGGUAUUCUGGUGUUAAACCAUUCUGAAGUAUAACUGUAGUACGAAUAUAGUAUUCUGGUCUUAAACCAUUCUGAAAUAUAACUGUAGUACAAAUGUAGUAUUCUCGUGUUAAACCAUUCUGACCUAUAACUGUAGUACAAAUGUAGUAUUCUGGUGUUAAACCAUUCUGAAGUAUAACUGUAGUAUGAAUGUAAUAACUGUAUCACUAUAGUACAAAUGUAGUAUUCUGGUGUUAAACAUUCUGAAUUAUAACUGUAGUAUGAAUGUAAUAACUGUAUAACUGUAGUACAAAUGUAGUAUUCUGGUGUUAAACCAUUCUGACCUAUAACUGUAGUUAGAAUGUAGUAUUCUGGUGUUGUAUAACUGUAGUUAGAAUGUAGUAUUCUGGUGUUAAACCAUUCUAUAACUGUAGUAUGAAUGUAGUAUUCUGGUGUUAAACUAUUCUGACCUAUAACUUUAGUACCAAUGUAGUAUUCUGGUGUUAAACCAUUCUGAAGUAUAACUGUAGUUCGAAAUUUAGUAUUCUGGUGUUAAACCAUUCUGAAGUAUAACUGUAGUUAGAAUGUAGUAUUCUGGUGUUAAACCAUUCUGAAGUAUAACUGUAGUUCGAAAUGUAGUAUUCUGGUGUUAAACCAUUCUGAAGUAUAACUGUAGUUAGAAUGUAGUAUUCUGGUGUUAAACCAUGCCAAAGUGUCACAUCAUGUGGAAGUGAGCCCUGAAAGACGUUUCGGAUGGCUCAAUAGGCUGGGUUUCAAAAGGCGUGGUAAAACUGUCCCUUUGUGACGUCACAGAAGGGCGGACUUCCUCAUAUGGUUCAUAGUGAAGAAGCACUUUGGCCGUGUGGCCAAUCACAGUGGAGUGGGCGUGCCCGGAGGCGGGCCGUGCAUGGAAUAAAUGAAAGCACAAAUCAUGAGCAUCAUAGGGCCUCUUUAAAAAAAUAUGUUUACUGUUUGGCCUUUGACACAGCAUGAACUACUGAUUUUAUUGCAUGAAAUUGUGUUUUUUUAUUUUGUAAUUAAUGUCUGUUGUUUUUAUUGAUUUUUGUUGUAUCGUUUUUCUGUCAAGUCGUGCUGGUGUACAGCACCUCCAAUGGCUAUUGUAUGUGAUGUGUGAAAGGUACUUUAUAAAUAAAGUUAUUUGAUUGAUUGAUUGAUUGACUAAAUAGCUACAGGCUCCUCAGAGGGAAAACGUCACUUGUUUCCAAAGUAUAAACCAAGCUUCAGUAUUAAUUUAGAACCGUAAUUUGUGACGUAAACUUUGAAUGAAGGGAAUAGUCUGUAAUGUAUCACAGUGUUGCAACAGAAGGCUCGAGUGUUUUUUAAUUUUUUGAUCGACAGUAUAAUGUUCAUUUGGUCUGUGUUUUGGUAAUUUUGCUUUACGUCUGAU